AAACAAUUUCAGAGCAUUUAACAUCCGAAAGUCAGAAAUCCGGGGUCUAAUAUCUCCCUGGUAUUUGGGUGCUGGGAGGACGUUGUUCCUCUGACUCUGGGCUUUAUGUAUACGAAGCCAGGGAAGUUUUAGAAGAUUAGUUUCCUAUCUAAUUAAAAACAAAAAAAACCCAAAAAACUCUGGGCCGAAGGGAUGGAAACUCAUAUGGUCGUUUCAAGUUCCCUUCGAGGCUUGACUGACGGUUUCUAUUCCCCCCUCUCCAAGGAGGUCCUAGAUUCCCAAGAGACUCUCCGGUCUAGCCUCUGGGUGACACUGACGCUUCUGCCCGUCACAGCUCUAGGGCAACAGGCCCCUCAGCAAACACCCCUCCCUUCCACCUUGGCUGCCUCAGCAACACUUAGGAGGGCCUGGGAAUCGCUUAGCUGAUCCUCUGGAGGCCGCGCCUACUCCUGCCCCGCCCCGAAUCCUCACGCGCGGAGUGGGGGCGUGGCUUCGCGCGCUCCGUGCUGCUGGCAGGUGAGCGUGGACUGAGGCUGAACGAAGCGCCAGCGUUGACUCUGCCCUGGGACCCGCCCCCCCAGCUGCCUCGGGUCUCCAUCCCUCUUCAAAGAUGCCCCCGCUGCUGCUGCUGCUGCUGCUUCUGUGGCUGUGGGCCCUGCCCCUCCGCAGGGCAGAGACAGACUCUCAGGAGCAGACGACCAGGGAACUGUACCGGCGCUGGGAACGCUACCGCCGGGAGUGCCAAGAGACCCUGGAGGCCGCAGACCCUCCCUCAGGCCUGGCCUGUAACGGGUCCUUUGAUAUGUACGUCUGCUGGGACUACACGGAAGCCAACACUACGGCUCGAGCGUCCUGCCCCUGGUAUCUGCCCUGGUACCGCCACGUGUUUGCAGGCUUUGUCUUCCGCCAGUGUGGCAGCGAUGGCCAGUGGGGGCCUUGGAGAGACCACACCCAGUGUGAGAAUCCGGAGAGGAAUGGGGCGUUUCAGGACCAAAGGCUGAUCCUGGAGCGUCUGCAGGUCGUGUAUACAGUCGGCUACUCCCUGUCCCUGGCCACUCUGUUGCUAGCCUUGCUCAUCUUAAGUUUGUUCAGGCGGUUGCACUGCACUCGUAAUUACAUUCACAUGAACCUGUUCAUAUCCUUCAUGCUGCGAGCAGCCGCCAUCCUCACCAGAGACCGGCUGCUGCCUCCACUGGGCCCCUACACUGGGGACCAGACUCCUACCCUGUGGAACCAGGUAGUCCAUCUCCUCCUUCCUGGUGGGACCAGUAGGUUUCCCAUCUAUUUCCAUAUCUUUCCUCAUCACUAUGUACUGAGGGCAUGGGGACAGGAUGGGGAGAAGAAACCCAAAGGGGAAUUUGGAAGAAACCAAUUUGUUCCCAGAGACUGGGGAU